AUGGCUGGGACCUCGGGCUUCUUUUCCAACGGACCUGUUCCAUGGAUGGACAACGACACAGAGAUGAACAAUCUUAACAGAGACCUGGAGCUGGGCACAGUGCUCACACUGUUUUAUUCCAAGAAGUCCCAACGGCCAGAGAGAAGGACAUUUCAAGUGAAGCUCGAGACCAGGACUAUUGUCUGGACUCGGGGCACGGAUAAAAUAGAGGGAGAGAUUGACAUUCGGGAGAUCAAGGAGAUUCGCCCCGGUCAGAAGUCACGGGACUUUGAGCGCUAUGUGGAGGACUCAGCAACACGGCUGGACCAGGCUCACUGCUUUGUCAUUCUGUACGGCACGGAGUUUCGCCUUAAGUCGCUCAGCCUGGCAGCAACGUCGGAUGAGGAAAUGACAAUGUGGGUGAAGGGUUUAAACUGGCUUGUGGCUGACACACUUAAGUCCCCAACGCCGCUCCAGAUAGAAAGGUGGUUACGUAAGCAGUUCUAUGCUGUCGAUCGCAACAGAGAGGACAGGAUAUCCUGUAAGGAUCUGAAGAGCAUGCUGAGCCAGGUCAACUACAGGGUGCCCAACAUGAAGUUCCUCCGAGAGAAACUUCCGGAUUCAGAGAUGAGGAACGGAGAUGUGUCUUUCAGUCAGUUUUCUCAACUCUAUCGUAGUCUCAUGUUUGACGCUCAAAAAAAUAUGGAGAUCCCAUUUCUACAGAGGUUUAUUGAUAGACCAGAACAGAGGAUCUCUCUCGAGGACUUCAAGAAUUUCCUUUUGGAGUCUCAAAAUGAAUUGUGGGCCACAGACAACAACAAAGUGCAGGAGUAUAUGUUCCAAUACCUCAAAGAUCCCCUGAGAGAAGUGGAGCAGCCUUAUUUCCACCAAGAUGAGUUUCUCACAUACCUGUUCUCCAAAGAGAACACCAUCUGGGAUUCCACCCUGGACCAGGUGUGUCCCGAUAAUAUGAACAACCCCCUGUCCCACUACUGGAUCUCCUCCUCUCACAACACCUACCUGACGGGAGACCAGUUUUCCAGUGAGUCGUCCCUGGAGGCCUAUGCUCGCUGUCUGAGGAUGGGCUGCCGCUGUAUUGAAUUGGACUGCUGGGAUGGUCCAGAUGGAAUGCCAGUCAUCUACCACGGACACACCCUAACAACAAAGAUAAAGUUCAGUGAUGUCCUAAAUACCAUCAAAGAGCAUGCUUUCGUCACAUCUGACUACCCCAUCAUCCUGUCCAUUGAAGACCACUGCAGUAUUGUGCAGCAGAGGAACAUGGCCACACACUUUAAGAAGGUGUUUGGAGACAUGCUGCUGACCAAGGCAGUGGAUAUUGCAGCAGAUGGCCUGCCUUCACCCAACCAGCUCAAAAGGAAAAUUCUCAUCAAGCAUAAGAAGCUUGCAGAAGGCAGUGCCUAUGAAGAGGUGUCCACCUCCACUCCUUACUCAGAGAACGACAUCAGCAAUUCCAUAAAAAAUGGUAUCCUGUACCUGGAGGACCCUAUCAACCAUGAGUGGUAUCCUCACUUCUUUGUCCUGACUAGCAGUAAGAUCUACUACUCAGAAGAGACUACCAAUAAUCAGGGAAACGAUGAGGAGGAGGAGCACAGAGAGGUUUCCAAUGGUGUGGACCAGCAUGUGACAGAGAAAUGGUUCCAUGGGAAGCUAGGCGCAGGGCGGGAUGGGAGGCAGAUAGCUGAAAGGCUGUUGUCUGAGUACUGCCUGGAGACCGGAGCUCCUGACGGAUCCUUCCUGGUCCGAGAGAGCGAGACUUUUGUGGGCGACUACACACUGUCUUUCUGGCGUUCAGGACGGGUCCAGCACUGUCGAAUCCACUCUCGUCAAGAGGCUGGUAGCCCCAAGUUCUACCUGACUGACAACCUUGUGUUCGACACACUCUACGCCCUCAUCGGCCACUACCAACAGGUGGCGCUGCGCUGCAACGAGUUUGAGAUGAAGCUGACUGAACCGGUGCCUCAGACCAAUGCACAUGAAAGCAAAGAGUGGUACCAUGCGAGCCUCUCCAGGAGCCACGCUGAGAACAUGCUGAUGAGGGUCCCUCGUGAUGGGGCCUUUCUUGUCAGGAAGAGGAUAGAAGCCAACUCCUUUGCCAUUUCUUUUAGGGCGGAGGGUAAGAUAAAGCACUGUCGUGUGCAGCAAGAAGGGCAGAUUGUGGUGCUGGGCACCUCAGAGUUUGACAGCCUCGUAGACCUCAUCAGCUACUAUGAGAAGCACCCUCUGUACCGUAAAAUGAAGUUGCGUUAUCCUAUCAAUGAGGACACACUGGAGAAGAUAGGCACUGCUGAGCCCGACUAUGGAUCACUGUAUGAGGGCAGGAAGCCAGGCUUUUAUGUGGAGGCCAAUCAGAUGCCUACAUUUAAGUGCACAGUUAAAGCCAUGUAUGAGUAUAAAGCCCAGAGGGAUGAUGAGCUCUCCUUCACCAAGAACGCUAUCAUCUCUAAUGUGGACAAACAGGAAGGAGGAUGGUGGAAGGGUGACUGUGGAGGAAAGAAGCAGCUGUGGUUUCCCGCUAACUACGUGGAGGAAAUAAGUCCAUCAGCGGCUGAGCCUGACAGAACUCAGGAGAUGACAGAAAACAGCCCACUGGGAGAUCUGCUGAGAGGAAGUGUGGAUGUGUCUUCCUGUCAGAUCGUUGUGCGUACUGAUGGGAAGGGCAGCAGGCUGCAUGUUUUCUCUCUGGUACCAAAUACCUCUAUGCAGACGGGCCCGGUGCUGGAUGUUGCUGCCAACAGCCAAGAGGAGCUCAAGGAAUGGGUGUUAAAGAUACGUGAGGUCACUAUGACGUCAGAGGCCAAGCUGGAAGAGGGUAAAAUGAUGGAGAGGAGGAAGAAGAUUGCACUGGAAUUAUCUGACCUGGUCAUCUACUGCAGACCUGUGCCUUUUGAUGAAGACAAGAUCGGCACAGAGCGGGCCUGUUUCAGGGAUAUGUCGUCUUUCCCUGAAACCAAGGCAGAGAAGUACGUGAACAAGAUCAAGGGGAAGAAGUUCCUGCAGUACAAUCGACUCCAGCUGUCCAGGAUCUACCCCAGAGGCCAGAGGCUGGACUCGUCCAACUAUGACCCUCUGCCCAUGUGGCUCUGUGGGUCCCAGCUGGUAGCGCUCAACUUCCAGACAGCAGACAAGCCGAUGCAGAUGAAUCAAGCUCUGUUCAUGCUGAACGGAAGGUGUGGUUACGUCCUCCAGCCACCCAUAAUGAGGGAUGACACCUUUGACCCCUUCGACAAACAUACGCUGCGAGGCCUCGAGCAAGUCACCCUUCAGAUAGAGGUUUUGGGCGCUCGACACUUACCAAAGCACGGGCGUGGCAUCGUUUGCCCGCUGAUCGAGAUCGAGGUGUGUGGGGCCGAGUAUGACAGUGCCAAGCAAAAAACAGACUCUGAAGCUGAUAAUGGUCUGAACCCCACAUGGCCGCGGAAGCCAUUCCAGUUCACAGUGUGUAACUCUGCCUUUGCCUUCCUGCGCUUCGUAGUCUAUGAGAUUGACAUGUUCAGUGACCAAAACUUCCUGGCUCAGGCCACCUUCCCCAUCCACGGCCUCAAGACAGGUUGCAGGUCAGUACCCCUGAAGAACAGCUACAAUGAGGAUCUGGAACUGGCUUCGCUUUUAGUCCACAUGGACAUCAUCAGAGGCAAGGAUGAGAAUGGAGAGGUUCUGAGCCCGUUCUCCACUGUCGGGGCUUCUCCGGUGUUGGCGUCUGCCCAGGUCGGGCAGGAGCGUUUGGGGGAGUUGAACUCGGUGUCCUCCACUUCAUCCAGCAUGUCUCCUCUGCCCCAGUCGCCGGCCCAGGCCAUGGCCUACAGAGGAAGGGAGGGCUCCUUCGAGUCCCGCUACCAGUCCCCUCUAGAUGACUUCAGGGUGUCCCAGGAGGCUCUGCUGGACCACAUGGACCCACAGAACAGGAGGAUGUUGCGGAGGACCAGAGUGGGCGGAGAGAACCGUGUGUAAGUCCAAGCCAAUCAGGACGCAUUUCUGUUGCACCCCCUCAGCCCCCCCCUUCCACCCAGUCGCCUCUCCUCGUACUGAUGAUGUCACUGACUGCUGUGAACACUGUUUCCAUGGAAACGCCCACCACCGCUUUGGCCUACAUUUCAGGCAGCUCUCCCUCCAUUCUCUAACCCCCCCCAUCCCCACCCCCCCACCUUCAGUCUCUCUUCUCCUCUUUCCCUCCUCACUGCUCUCCUGAAGAGGAGGCGGGGCUCGGACACAGAGGCAGAAGGGUGGGGGGGGAUCUGUGAGGAAACUGACCACCGCUGAGAAGAAGAAGAAGAAACGGACGUUCAUAGGAGAACAAAAAAAGGCUGAAAAAGUUCCAGCUCUGGACUGGUAGUUGCGGGGGUGGGACGUCCUCUCUUGUGUUUUAGGUGUGCACAACAGCUGCUUAGUCUGGAGGCUCAGAGAGGGCGUCAAGAGGUAUCAGUUUGAAACUGUUCCCCAUUAAGUUCCUUCGCUCUUCUCAUUUUGCCGUAUAUGAAUAUAUAUAUUUAUUCCUGCUGUGCUGUUGGCCAGAGAACAGCAGCAGCUGACCUGCUCUCAAAGAGCUUCUGUCUCCAUGUUUUAAUUAUUAUAAUUAUUUAAGCCUUUAAACAUUCAUAAUGUGACUUUUCUUUUUUUAUGUAUAUGUGUAAAACACGAGGGCUCUCUACGGCUGUUUGUUUUGUGUCUUUCCUCUCUGCUUUGUGAAGGAAAUGAUGUGCCUCCAGUCGAACUCGCCCAAACCUUGGAGGGAUCUUUAACUUUUUUUUAAGGCAUUGGAAAGAAGUCAUAGCUUGUUUGUGUGGGAAGCAGUGAGAGAGCAGGCAGCAUCUUAUUUUAUCUGCACACACAAACACACACGUACACACAGCCAGGCUUUUUUAUUUUCUAACUUACAUUCCAAAAACUGCACAUCAUUCCAUUUUCCUGCACUGCAGGCGCCUUUAAAGCCAGUCUGACACAUGGGAGUCUCCAUCACCUGUAGUUUUACUCCUCAGUGAGGCUUUUUGUAACGUCUGUGUGUGAAGAAGCAGGACCAGGGAUUCAUCCCCAAGGUUUCAGUCAGUGAUUGAACGAAGAGUAUUUCUUGUUCCAUUGACUCAUGUUGCAGGCAGUUUUUUUUUUUUUUUUGGGUUUUUUUUGGUGCUCACAUGGAGCUGCACACUGACGCAAAACAAUGUGACCAUUACUCAGAAUCACUCUGAUUCUAGUCUGAGAAACGAUUUUGCACUUCUAACAUUGUGUCAUUUGAACUCACAGGUAACCCUGUGAAUGCUCCACAUGUGUCAGUAUCUGUAAUUAAUUAUGGAAAUUUAAGUCAGUGCAGAGGUAUGAUCACUGCAGCCCAGUGUUGCCAGGCAGAAGGAUUUAGAAGGCUUUGCUUUUUUUUUCCUUCAACUGGCAAGUUGACGUCUGCAUAGAAAUUGAAAUCAGUGUUUUAUCUCUGCAUGGAAACUAUUUCCAUAACUGACACAGCUUUAUGAUAACAGUGAAUAUAAAAGUGCAGGUGUUUUAAUCGAUAAUACUGUGGGUGUAGCUUUAGUUUGAACAGAUGUCUUUACUACAUUCAGCUUGUCAACACCAUUUCCUUUGUUGAAAUCUGUACAAUAGAUGUCUGCCAAGUCUGAGUUACAAAAGAAAUCCCAUAUUGUUGGCCAAGUGAGAAGAUUUGCAUAAACUGAAAACGCCAUAUUGCACAUCUUUCUGAUAUUUGCUGCACCAAUCAGGCACCAGGGAUCUUUUGUGGUCCUGCUGCCGUGUAGUUUUAUGCUUAAGGCUUUACGUCUCACUGUCAGGAAGUGGAGUUUAAUUGCUACUGCCUGUGAAUUUAUUUGCAAUGAAACGUGGGAAAAUGCAGACUUUGCAAAGACAUCUGCCACGAGGUCGGGCUUCGGCCCAGGCGGCUAAAUGCAAAUCCAUCUUUUCCCAACUUUAGAUUCUCAUUCCGGUGCAUCCUCACAAGUGUUAGUAUAAGUCAGUAAUUAAGACUUCUCUUUGGGUAAACGUCAGUGCCCUUAAAUUUGUGGGUAGUUUUCAUUUCUUGCCGUUGUGGCGUGAGAGCGUUGGCCAUGGAGCAGCCUGCAUCAGAGCCUGACAUUCAGACUGCAGUUGUGUUAACGUGGCUGAUGGGUGAUGAAGGGGCUUCGGGGAUGGAGAACUCUAGUCUGAGUCUGUAACUGACGGUGUUGUCUUUCCAGGUUUGUAUCAGAAUCAGUGUUUUCUCUACAUUUUGUGAUGACUAUGACGUUAAUUAAGUAUUCUCACUCAGUGUUGGAGCACUGAGGCGCACCUAAGCCAUAUGGUAUGAUUAUGUAAAGGCAAAAACAGGGACAGGGGUCAAUACUUGAGGUCUCACUGAUUUUUUUUUUUUUUUUUUCUUUUGUGCGUUUGCUCCCAGAUAUUUUCCCAAAGCUCCCAUUUUUUUUUUUUUUUUUUCAUCCUGCUCCAGAUGAACGACCUUUGUGGCGAGUUGUCCCUCCAAUGCUGCGUUGCUCUUACUGCUGUCCUGUCCGCUAAUGUCUGCCUCCGUUUGUGUAAAUGUCCCAUCAUCCACUAGUCCUGCUCCACACCUGCACACCCACUCAGGUGUUUCCACUGGUUUAGGCUGAUCGGACCUCUUCUCAGGACUGUUGAGAUGCGUAGACAGUGUUGACAGACCUCGCCGUCUCCUGUUAUAGCAGGAUAUUUUACCUGUUUUUGUUUUUUAUAUGGAGUUUAGUGACGUGAGUUCACUCCCACCGACCUGUAAAGAUGUCAACUGACUGGAGGAACAGAACACCUGUGUGGGUGUGCAGAGGCCUGAAGUGUCAUUCGUUUUGCUUUUUUUUUGUUGUUUUCCCCCUCAGUUUGUCUGUUCUGUAUUGACAGUCUCAUUUACAAACGCCUUUCUGUAAUGUGCCUAAAACUAUGGAGAGGAAAAGUAUUCAUUUUAAUUUUGCCUUUCAUAUGAAACAUAUUCAAGCCUGAAAAGUAAAUAAAAUACUUACUACUUUA